AUGGCUCAUUACCGCAAGAUCGAGCUCCAGUCCGCCGCAGACUUCACCUAUCUCUACGCCAACACCGUUGCGCUGUCGCGUCGCAAACUGGAUCUCCAUCUACCCCUCUCCGCAACAAACGAUGACACGCCCGACCCGAUGCGCGAACGCGUCCGAGAACACGUCGAUGAGUUUAUAAAUCGUACAUUCGGAUCCGCCGCCUCGUCAGUAAGCAUCAACGGAAUCGAUUCGACGUCCCCCCAGUUCCCGUUUCCCGCGUCCUUCACCACCACGGAAACAGUCGAGUACGAGGCUUAUGAUUCCGAUCUCGCGGCGCGGGUCACCUCGCUGUACGCCCAGCUUGAAUCGUUGACUACCACCGUUGCACAGUUGAGACGGGAUACACCCUCGCGAGCGGCGAGGGAGUACGCAGCGCAAUUGAAGAGGGUCCUUGAAGACGAAGACGAAGAAGACAAAGUCGAAGUCGAAGUCGAAGAAAAAGAAGAAAACGAUAAUAAAGAAGAGGAAAAUACAGACGUCGAUAUGCAAGACACACAGGAACAGUCUAGGCGACGUAAACGCCUGCGUCCAGCGGACUGGACUCUCCACGUCCCGCUGGGGACAGACCACGAGGCAGAAAGGUGGCAGAGCGGUGAGAUGGCAGAGGUCUACGAGGAUGCACUGCGAACCUUGCUCCGACUCCAGGGCGAGGUGGAUGGCGUACCUGCAGAGAAGACGCAAGGGCAGGAGUUGGAUAGUACGCAUGCGCUGGCUACGACGGUGGGGAAGACGGAACGGGCAGCCAGGGCGGCGGAAGUAGUCGAGAAGAUUUAG